GCGGGGCGGGGGGAGGGGGAGGGAGACCGCUCUCCGUGCGGGUGAUCAACAGGUGACGGGGGUCCCGGCAAUCGGUGGCCGAAUGCAGGAGGAACGCGGGCUGCUUGGUCCCUCUGGAACGUACAGGCCGGGCCGCUGACACUGUGCGGUUACGUGAAGCGGAAGAGGACGCUUGGCCGUCGUCAAGUGACGCUGCCCCAACCGUUGGGGCAGUUGAAGAGCGUGUCCUCGGCGCAGGCCCCGGGCUGUCGUGGAGGGAGCCGCAGCCUCCCGGAGCCGAUGCCAUUGGUGCCAACAUGGAUUCAAAAGAAGGUGGCUCAAACCCCCUCCCCCCAGUACUGAGAAUAAGUCAGCUGGAUGCUUUUGAGCUGGAUAGAGCAUUGGAACAGCUAAUGUGGUCCCAGUUUUCCAGGUGCUUUCAGUGUUUCAAACCUGGUUUGUUAACUCGCUUUGAACCAGAGCUGAAAGCCUCUCUGCAGCUUUUGUUAUGGAGAUUUACAGUCUUUUCCCGAAAUGCAACAGUUGGCCAGGAACUUCUAAAUAUCAGAUACAAAAAUGACUUAUCUCGAGGACAAAAAUACAGGCCGAUGAGUAAACAUCAGAAGUUAUGGUAUGCGUUGUGCACUGUCGGGGGAAAAUGGCUGGAAGAGAGACUUCAUGACUUAUUCAGCAAUCGUUCUCCAGAGUCAGCUAUUCACAAGAUGAAAUAUUUCAUUACUUUCAUAGUUGGAUUUUUGAAAGUGGCCGGACUGCUGAAUUUUCUCAUCUUUCUUCAGAAGGGUAGGUUUGCCACAUUUCCAGAACGACUCCUGGGGAUUAGAGCAGUUUUCUCCAGACCUCAGGGUGCACGUCAAGUUGGUUUUGAAUACAUGAAUCGAGAACUGUUGUGGCACGGUUUUGCUGAGUUCCUGAUAUUUCUUGUGCCACUUAUAAACACGAGAAAAUUGAAAACUACAAUCUCUUCCUGGUUUCUUCCAAUAGAUGAUCACCGAGAAAAUGAUGGCACUCUUGCGAUACACUGCAAAGAAUGUGCCCUUUGUGGGGAAUGGCCAACUAUGCCUCACAGUAUUGGCUGUAGACAUGUGUUUUGUUAUUACUGUAUUAAAAGCAACUACCUGUCUGAUGCUUACUUCUCCUGCCCAAAAUGCAGCAGUGAAGUCCGCAAUAUUUUACCUUUGAAACAUGAAGCUCAGACCAAUUAAUCUAAGAUAUUCAAACACUGUAGGUACAAGCUUCACAACUGAAAAUUGAAGAUUUUCUAAACCAGCUUCUUAAAAUCGUGGAGAAUUGCCUUUUCCCUGCUUUGGUGUUAAGACUAAAUUGCUUAAUAAAUGCUUCUUUAUUACUGAUUACAAUAUGUCCUUUUGUGUUCUAGACAACUAAUCUACACAAUGCCUAACUAGAUGAAUGAAAUUUAGCAUAAUGUUAUUGCCAAAUGACUUGCAUUAAUGGUCUGUUCCAAACUGAAGUAAAGUCAUUUGUUUCAAUUAACUUCAGGUCCCCUGUCUCAAAAUGACUGAAUUUCAUCAGCAGCAUAUUGUAAAUUCCAACCAAUUUCCCCAAAAUGCACUCUAACCCCUUUAUUCCACCUACACAUAAUCUAUAAAUUUCCACAAAACAGGUGCAUUGUCAGAGAUGCAGUCAUUUGAGACAUUAAACUGAAGUCCUGUCUGCCUUUACAAGUGGCUAUUAAAGACCCCACAGCAUUAUUUGAAAAGAUGAGCUUCCACUGUCCUGGCCAACAAGUGCCCUCAAUAAAAAUGAGUUGUUCAUCUCACGACUGUUUGUAGGACCAUGCUGUAUGCAAUUGUGUGCCAUGUUUAGUACAAAGAUAGGCACUACAUUUUACAGGAAACUCGGUGAAAAGUUUUAAGAUGUUUAAAUAUAAGGUACUAUAUCAAAUUAGGUUUUUAUACGUUUAAGUUCUAUACCAUGUCACCAUAAAUUAAAGAUGAUCGAAUCAAUUCACUAUUUUUAUUCUAUUAUUAAACUGACUGCCCACAGCCUUGUGGUGUCUGCCCGACGUGAUAGGCGCUAUACAAAUGUAGUGUUGUUGUUGUGAAAUGAGGCUGCCAUUUCAUUUCAUUUCAUGGAAGUUCAAAGUCUUAAGAAACAGGAUUGAGGGCUCACGAAUGAUUGAGUGACUAGGUUAGGCAUUCAGAUACAGAAGGUGCCUGACUCGAACUCUGGGCUAUGCUGAAUUAGCUGUCUCAGCCAGGUGGCAUUUAUGGCACAAGAAUUAACUUCAAUGCCCUGGGUUAGGAAGGGAAAAAUCAGUCAAUGCCAUUUGGAAUGGUAAUCCAGUGACCCCGCUGGAGGUACAGUGGAUGGUUCUCAAGACAGGACUUAGUGUUUAUACCUGAAAACACUCGCAACAAUUGAAAACAAUGGUUACUUGGGCGAGGUAUCGGAGGUGCCCAGAAUCCUCUGCAAUCUAAGAAGAAAGGAGUUGAAUGUCAUCAGAGUUGGAAGGAGGGAGAAACAUCGCUGAGGGGAUAAAAUAACUAGACCACAAUUGUUGGGUUGGAGAUUAGAUUUGAAACAGACUAAUUUGUGAAUGUUAAUGAAGUUUUGGAGUAAAUAUUUUUGUGUAAAUAUUUUUGUGUAAACAUUUUAAUUAAUCAUUACUUAGGACCGUGCUAAAAAAAAGUUUUUUUUAGAAAAACAAUUGUUUUUAGUAUUGCAAUGCUAUUUUAAUAGUGUCUCUAUUAGCCACAGCUGCUGUAUCCAUUUGAAUUAAUAAAAUGGUGAUUCAUACAAA